AACACGAGGGGACCAGGGGUCAUCCAUACAAGGGACACACACCCAAGCGAGCUACCGUAGAGGCAGUUAGCGGGAAACGUGGCGACGACGGACGACGACUUACGGGAGGUCGGCGGCGGCUCUCGUGGCUAUAAGCCGCUGGCCGACUCUCCGGACGAAAGCAGCACCAUUAGGGCUAAGGUGUCACCCGAAAUUGAGAUGGAUCGAUCACAAGCCGCGGAGCUCAUCGAGCCUGAGCUCUCCAACAAGCCAGCAAACAGGCCGUAUUACCAGCAGACGUUGAGGUCCUGGUCUCCACUGCUGACGCCAUGGAGGGCUGUGGGAGGGUACCUGCUGAUUGGGUUGAUAUUCGUGCCACUUGGUGCGGUACUGUGGCAUGACAAGGACGUUGUCGAACUCAGGUACCAGUACGACGGAGACGGUUCGGACGGAGACGACUGCAAGAUCACCACCUACAAGGAGAACUUGGACUGCACCAUUACGUUUGACGUGGAGAAAGACAUUCCGGGACCGGCAUAUGUAUAUUACGAGCUCACGAAUUUCUACCAGAACCACGCCACGUAUGUAGCUUCGGUCGGCAGCAGUCAGUUGUUGGGCUCCACGUCCACCUCGGACAUCGACGACUGCGACCCUCUUAUCUACAAUGGAACCCUGGUGCUGCACCCGUGCGGGUUGAUAGCCAACACCCUCUUCAAUGACAUCUUCACCGUCUCGUCUGGGCAAACCAUGGAGGAGACAGACAUCGCCUGGGACUCGGACGUGGCAGAUAAGUUCGUCCAACCAGAUGGUUUCGUGACGACCGCUUGCGAAGACGAAGAUGGGUGUGUAGCCUGUCUCACGGAUGCAGGCCUCACCGACAGCGACGGGGGAACGACGUUCGAAGGCUGCGGCGUGACGGACUCGACAGCCUACUACUACCCCGACGAGGACACUACCCAGUACCUUUACGAGACGUUCCCAGAGGUGAUUAGCCCUCUGGACGGCGUCAAAAACGAGCACUUCAUCGUCUGGAUGCGGGUAUCGGGGCUUUCCUCAUUUCGCAAGCUUUACGGCAGGAUCGAUGACGGUCUGAAUGAAGGGGAUACUUUGUCCUUCGAUGUGUCCAACAACUUCAUCGUGGACUACUACGAUGGCACCAAGUCCAUCAUCGUGUCCAACACGAACGACUUCGGUGGCCGCAACUUGUAUUGGGGGCAGUCGCUUCCCUCCAUCGGGGGCGUGGUUCUCGUAUUGGCUCUUCUCAUCGCGAUCAAACAACUUGUCUGGCCACGAACCAUGGGGGACAUCAGCAAACUCUUGGAUGAUCCAUGAUUGAAGAGAAGUGGAACGCGUGUUGUAGGCUAUUCUAUUCCUUGCAAAGUUGUGUAUUUCGUGAAACUGCUGCAAGCAUGAUGCAAGUGGAAUAACAGGGCUUGGCUCGUAGACAGUGGUCGUGAUGUACAGAAAGUGUCCCAACUGCAGGCACAUUAAAGUGUUUUUGCGGUGUUGAUGGUAAGAGGCUACCGUCGAGAGGUCAAGCUUUCAGUUGU